UCUACUUCCGUCGAGUGGUGUCGUCGUAGAAUAGAAAUAUAGAUUAGUUUUACUCACACUCUCUUCUCUCUCUCUCUCUCUCUCUCUCCUCAAAUGGCUAUGGCCUCCUCUUCUGUCUCUCACUGCCUCAUCUCUAACCCCUCUCUUCAGUUGAAGAAGAAGGGUUUUCUUGGUCAUGGAUGGCCAGGCGGAAGACCCACUUACUCGUUCUCCGACGACUCAAACUCAAAUUCAAAGAAUUCAAAGAAUUCCGGCAUUCGGCCCAUGAAGAUCAACGCAACUGCUCAGGCUCCUCCAUUUCCACUUCUUCAGCCUCCCAAAGUUGAAGAUUCUCCUUCUGAGUGGGAGCCAGCAGACCCUGAUUUCUACAAGAUAGGCUAUGUUAGAAGCAUGAGAGCUUAUGGAGUUGAAUUUAAGGAAGGCCCCGAUGGCUUCGGAGUCUAUGCUUCCAAAGAUGUCGAGCCGCUUCGCCGUGCCAGGGUUAUCAUGGAAAUCCCACUUGAAUUGAUGCUAACCAUAAGCCAGAAGCUUCCGUGGAUGUUUUUCCCGGAUAUCAUCCCAGUGGGUCAUCCCAUCUUUGAUAUUAUCAACUCAACCAAUCCAGAGACAGAUUGGGAUCUAAGGUUAGCAUGCCUUUUUUUGUUUGCUUUUGAUCGUGAGGGUAACUUUUGGCAGUUGUAUGGAGACUUUUUACCUGGUGCCGAUGAGUGUACCAGUCUUCUUCUAGCUUCAGAGGAGGAGCUCUUGGAGCUGCAGGAUGCCAAUCUUGCAUCAACUAUAAGAGGACAGCAGCGUCGAGCAUUAGAAUUUUGGGAAAAGAAUUGGCACAACGGUGUACCCCUCAAAAUUAAGCGGCUUGCUCGAGAUCCUGAGAGAUUCAUUUGGGCAGUGAGUAUUGCACAAUCACGAUGCAUAAACAUGCAAAUGAGGAUCGGGGCACUUGUUCAAGAUGCAAAUAUGCUAAUUCCUUAUGCCGACAUGUUAAACCAUUCAUUCCAGCCAAACUGUUUCUUCCAUUGGCGUUUUAAGGAUCGCAUGCUCGAGGUGAUGAUAAAUGCUGGACAGCGGAUUAAAAAAGGCGAUGAGAUGACCGUCAAUUACAUGAGCGGGCUGCAGAAUAACAUGCUCAUGCAAAGAUAUGGGUUCUCCUCACCUGUGAAUCCAUGGGACGUGAUCAACUUCUCCGGCAAUGUGCGUAUUCAUUUGGAUUCGUUCUUGUCAGUAUUCAACAUAUCUGGUCUUCCUGAAGAGUAUUAUCACAACACAGGUGAACUAUCUAAUGAUGGGGACACAUUUGUUGAUGGAGCGGUUAUUGCAGCAGCAAGAAGACUGCCCACUUGGUCGGACGGCGAUGUGCCUCCUAUCCCGAGUGUUGAGAGAAGAGCCGUGAAGGAGUUACAGGAAGAAUGCAAACAGAUGCUUGCUGAGUUCCCUACCACCUCUAAGCAAGACCAGAAUACGCUAGAUUCAAGUCCGGAAGCUAGUAGAACGCUCGAAGCGGCAAUGAGGUAUAGAUUGCAUAGGAAGUUGCUAAUAGAGAAAGUCAUGCAGGCAUUGGAUAUUUAUCAAGAGAGAAUAUUGUUCUAAUAUAAGUUAUCAUUCACGUAGACCAAAAAAAAAAAAAAAAUGAGAAGUGUUUUCCGAUGGAAAAAAAAAAAUGAUGAUAUUUGGUUAUGGACUGGAGUUGCUAAACUUAAGCUCCAAGGAGCGAGGGUAAAAAAGAAAAAGAAAGUUGUAAACUCAUAAAUAUUGACGCAAAUGGAAGUGAUUGAGGUAGCAAGAUAUAUAAAAGUAUCAAUUACAACCUUCCUUUGUCUUGUGCUCUGGGUGGUGUUGCCUCGUUUUACAAGGUGAAGGGUUCAAGGAUUGUGUAGAGGAGAAGACAAAAGCAUUUUAUUUUUGGUUAAAAUUAAAAAGAGCAGAAGGAAAGUUUUAGUUGCUUUUCCAAUGAGAGCAUAGGGAAAAUUAGACGAGCUCUCCUUGUAUUUUUCAUGUAUUUGUAGAAUUUAUCAGCCUUCACAUUUGAAUUUUUGGUUUUAAUGUUGU